AUGCGUUCAACUACGUUCUUCACUAAUCCUUAUGCAGUUGAAGUUCUUCAGACAAAAAAGAAAGAAUUGGCAGAAGGUAUUUGUAACACUGAACAUCUGCUGAACCUUCUUAUCGAUAAGGGAGUCUUUCCACCAGAAAAGAAAAUCCUGGUGUCCUACAACAGAACACGAGAGGAGAAGAACUCCAGAGUGCUGGACAUUCUGGUUUCGCAAGGUGAGCGAGCAUGCAGGCUUUUCUUCUAUCCUUGUUUGAAACUCGUUGAGCCCGACCUGUACCAGAGCAUUAAAACAUAUGUGGGCAGCGUGAAUGAGACAGUGCACGAUGCCCGGAGGCAGCUGAUUGGAUACCUAUUGGAGAGGGACCAGAAGGGCUCUCUUAAACACACCUGGGAUAUGGCCCCUCAGAAGAAUUUAGAUGUGGUAGUUCCUAAAAGAAAUGAGAAGCCUCUGCUCAGCAAGGAGGAACUGAUCACCCAAUCAGAUGGAAGAACAGGAGCACCAAAGGCAGUACGUCAAAAAUCUGGUGAUAUAUUCGAUGCCACUGCUACUGGAAAUCUCCCUCUUUUGGACGGCCUUCUAAAAAGCAAUGAUGUCAACGCGGUCAAUUCAUCCCAGGAGACCCUCUUACACAUUGCUGCCCAGCACGGCCAAGUUUCCGUCAUGGAGUUUCUCCUCAGUAAAGGGGCCAAGUUGGACAUGAAGGACAGCCACGGCCGCACAGCUCUACAUAGGGCUGCUGAGAGGGGCCAUACAUCCAGCGUAGAGGCACUGCUGCGGGCUGGGGCUGACAUUUAUGCCUUGGACAAGAAAUCCAAAACACCUGUCCACUUGGCAGCACAGAAUAGGCACCUCAGCACAGUCAAAGCCAUAGUAGAGGAGGAAAACAGACACUUUAAGAAUCAGAGAACCUUUCUGCACAUGGCUGCUGUGGAGGACAACAGCAGUUUAGCGCGGAGCCUUCUGCAAAGUGGUGCCCCUGUGAAUGCGAGGGAUAACAAGAAGAAAACCGCACUAUUUCAUGCUGUUAACCACGGCUCUGAAAAAACUGCUAAGAUUCUUAUUGAGGCAGGUGCCAAGAUAGACUCUGGCAUCAUCGAGGCUGCAUUUAACCUAAACAGCCAAAGUAUAUACAGUCUUCUUCUAGACCACACCAAGGGCCUGACCCCAGACACUAUGAAGGCUGCGCUUUUCAAAGCUGUGCAGAGGAACCUGGAAGAGAUCAUAGCUGCUCUCAUAGACAGUGGUGCAGACGUUAAUACACACAACGAACUGCAUUACACACCUCUGCUUCUGGCAGCAGAGUUGGGCAAUGUGGAGGCCUUCAGGGUACUGAUUGCCAAAAAGGCCAGCCUAGCAGCGAAACUGCCAAACCAUAACUCCGCCUUGCAUCUGGCCAUUCAAAGUGGGAGUCUUGCAAUAACACAGCUUCUACUGGAAAACGGCCUGGACGCCAACACAGCCGGGUACAACGAACAGACACCCUUGCACCUGACAGCCCUGCACAACAGAGCAGCACUGGUACAGGCACUGCUGCAUGCUGGGGCCAAGGCGAAUGCUGUCACUAAAGAAGGCCUGACACCGCUUCAUGUGGCCUGCCAGCACAGCCAUCAGGAGGUAGUAUACCAGCUGAUAAAGGGUAAAGCUGACAUCCAUGCAAGAGAUAAGCAAGCUAAGCUGGCCCUGCACUAUGCCGCUGCCAAUGGAGAUGCUUCUGUGGUGCAGCUUCUGCUUUCCCACGGGGCCGACGCCAACGCUGUCGACAAAGAGAAGAAGACACCAUUACACCUGGCAGCCAUGGAGGGCAAGUCUGAGGCAGCCUCUGCUCUGCUGGCCAGUAAGGCAAGGUGUGGGGUCAAGGACAUGGAUGGCUGCGCUCCUCUGCACUACGCUGCGGCCAAUGGCUACACAAAAUUGGCAGGGGACCUACUGUCCUCUUGCAAAAACAAGAAUGUGGAUGACAAGAAUGUGUGGCGGAGGACCCCCCUGCACGUGGCGUCAGAGCGUGGCCAUGACGCUCUGAUAGACCUCCUCCUGCAGAGAGGUGCCAAGAUCAAUGCUCUGGAUAACAACAAGGACACUCCACUGCACCAUGCCAGCCGCUGUGGGCACCUCGGUUGCGUGCAGAGCUUGGUGAAUUGGGCACAGGGUGAGAAGGCUAACCUGCAGGUCACGAACAAUGUGCAGAAAACUCCACUGCAGGUGGCCGAGGUUGGGGACACACAGAACCAUCAGCAAAUCGCAACCCUGCUCAAGAAGAAGAUGUUUCUGAUCAAAUAA